AUGGAAGUUGUGACAGAUGAAAUCAGCACACCAGGAAAAUCUCAGGACUGCCAGUGUGAUCAUAUGCAAGAGCUUCUUAAGGGAAAGGAAGAACUAGAAAAAAGCAGGAAAAGGCUGACUGCACUGGAAGAAGAAGUUAAAAGUCUGAAGAAUGAAGUCUACAGAGCAGAAGGAGAGACAGCACUCUACAAGGACCAUUUAACAAAAUCUGCAUUGUCAUCAAGUUCCAGUGUGUGCUCCAUUGAAACCUUUAAAGACAAGGGUGAAGACAUGAUGUUUUACACUGGGCUUCCUAGUUACGAGGUAUUCAAAGCACUCCUGGAAUACGUUGACCCAUGGACAAACAUGUCCAGCCAGACAAUAGAGACAUCCACAAAUGUUGGCCGUCCUUCCGCCCUCUCUAUUGAAAAUCAGUUCCUUCUCGUUUUGAUGAAAUUACGGUUGGGUUUGUUUGAGAAGGACUUGGCACAUAGAUUUCAGAUGCACCAAAGCACUGUGAGCAGGUUAUUUUCCUCGUGGAUGAACCUGCUGUAUGUGAAACUCUCUGCACUCCCACUGUGGCAGUCUCGUGAAAUGAUUGACAAAAACAUGCCUGAAGCUUUUAAGGAGAAAUACCCAAAUACAAGAGUGGUAAUUGAUGCAACCGAAAUGAGAUGUGAGGUACCAAGUUCACUAGUUCUCCAAUCCGAUACAUAUUCGAACUAUAAAUCUGUGAACACAUUCAAAGGUUUAAUUGGGGUCUCACCAGAUGGCUUUGUUACCUUUGUUUCUGCACUGUACACAGGAAGUAUUUCUGAUGUUGAGCUGGUGAAAAGGAGUGGAUUUCUAGAGAUGCCGUUCAAUGAAGGGGAUUCAGUCAUGGCUGAUAAAGGUUUUCGGAUUAGAGACUUGCUAUCACCACUUGGUGUAGGUUUGAACAUUCCCCCAUUUCUGAGCCAAGGCCACUUGACUACUUCAGAGGUAGCAGAGACUCAGUCUAUAGCAUCACUAAGGAUCCAUGUUGAACGUAGUAUUCGAAGAGUGAAGUCAUUCUACAUAUUUGAUAGAGCAAUUCCAAUAUCGCUUGGACCGCUUGUCAACCACAUCUGGACUGUGUGUGUCCUCUUGACAAAUUUCCAGUACCCACUCAUAAGAGGUGCAUCACAGGAGCUUCCAGAUAUUGAAUGA